GUCAAGGUCAACUCCCAAACGGCAGCUUCCCUCCAUCAGCCUUACAACUUCACAACUCGAUAUUCCGAAAACGACAUUUCACCACGCCGCCAUUAAUCCGAGUUCUCGCUACCCGACCCAAUUCCCAAACCAAUACCCACCAAAUUUCAAUAUGGAUCACCGACCACAAGCUUGGGGCCGUCCUAGAGACGAUGUCUACGGUGCCUACGAUGCCUCAUACAUGCAAACAAACGGUCCGAACCAGCACACCCAAUCCCCCGUCGUAACGGGAACGUCGGUAGUAGCGAUGAAAUUCAAGGAUGGCGUAGUCAUGGCCGCCGAUAACUUGGCAUCCUACGGCUCCCUAGCGCGCUUCACCGACGUAAAGCGACUCCGCACCUUCGCCGAGACCUCCCUCGUCGGCUUCGGCGGCGACGUCUCCGACAUGCAGUACCUGGACCGACACCUAACGGGGCUCAACAUCGACGAGGCAUAUCAGGAGUCAGCCCACACCCUGAACGCCCGCUCUCUACACAAGUACCUCUCCAAGCUCCUCUACCACCGCCGCUCCAAGUUCGACCCGUUGUGGAACCACCUCCUAGUCGCCGGUCUCGACGAAGAAGGCGCGCCCUUCCUCGCAGCCGCCGACCUCCUCGGCACAACCUUCACCUCGCCGUCCCUCGCCACCGGGUACGGGAGCAUGCUCGCGCAGCCCAUCAUGCGCAAGUACGUACCGGACGAAGCCUCCGUCGCCAACGUGACGAAAGAGCAAGCGAUCGAGGUGAUCAAAGAAUGCAUGAAAGUGCUGUUCUACCGCGACGCGCGGUCGCUAGACUCGUACUCGAUUGCCGUCGUGACCAAGGACGGCAUCACGCUGUCCGAGAACGAGAAGCUCGAGAACCAGAGCUGGGCCUUCGCCGACCGCAUCAAGGGCUACGGCACGCAGACCGUGUAGAGAGCAGACCCUGCUUCCGCCGGAGCCAUCGAGCGUUCUUUCCGUCGCCUCUCCAUCGACAUCAGGUUCCGUGUGGGCGAACAUGACGACAUGAUGGAUUUGGAUGGUUGACUAGACUAGGCUGGGUAGUUCGGGAGAGAAAGAAAGUAUUCUCGACGGGACGGGAUACGAGAUCACGCUUGCCUAGGGAGUUUGAUGGGGGAGGGAAGGAUAUUACGUAUAUUACUACAUCACCAUAAAGUCACGAUGCUUCCCGGUCGUCUGUAGAGAAGAGCAGCAUAGGUAGAGUAGGUAGGCAAGGAACUCUUGUAACGGCAAAAUCAAGACAUGUGAACAAGAA